GACUCGGCGCAGCUAUCCGAGCUGAUCGAUGCGGCACAGUGCGUCUGGGUGACAGGUGGAGACCCGGGCCGGCUCCGUGGAGCGCUCCGCGGGACCGCUUUGGAGCGGGCGCUGCAGCGUUUGCUGCGGCGCGGCGGGGCCCUGGGCGGCUCCUCGGCGGGGGCCUCGCUGCUCUGUGCCAUCUGCCCGAACUUCGACGAGGUCAUGGAGGCCUUGGAUCUCCUCCCAGGCGCCACCGUCCUGACCCACCUCUUCAAGCGGGCGCGCCAGGACCGGCUUGCAGCCCUCGUCAGCUGCUUCCCGGGUCUCUGGGGCUUUGGUCUCGAUGAGGCGGCUGGCUUGGUCUGGAGCUCCGAGACGCUCCAUGUCAGCUGCUGGUCGCCGGUGCUGGUGCUGCGCAACAUCGACGGCCAAUGCCUCGGGGCGCUCCUGCAGCCGGGCUUCCGCGGCAGCCUCCAGGAGGUCGAGCAGCAGAUGCAGGAGGUGGGUGCGAUGACUUGGCAGCCCGAGAACAUCCAGCUACCAGGAGAGGAGCUGUGGAGCUUGAAUUGGGCCGCAAAGCAAGCCCUGGUCGACGGUCCGGUUGAGGAUGUGCAGACGAAUGCCGCCUUCAAGGAUCUCGAAGGUCACCACUUUCUGUCAUGGAAACUUCCUCCCGAGGAAGAAAUGCAGGCACUGUUCUUCAGUAGCCACUGCUACUUGGAAGUCUCCUUCGAGCUGGAGGACUUGCCGCUGCUUUGCCAGCUGGCGCUGGUUCACCGCACGGGGCCCGGACGAGGGGGCCUCGAAGGCUACAGCCCUGUCGAUGUCAAGGUCAACGAGUCUGUUGUGAUUUGCGACUAUGACCCGGCGCAGCGAAAGUCAAUGCGGCACAAAUUCGUCGCAAGUGCCUUCACCCUCCCGGCGGGCACGCUUCGGCUGGGUCAGAACUCCCUGCGAGUCAGCACCCGAGAGGUCGGAUCGGUCUACGGUCUCCUCUCAGCGAAGCUGGUGAACCUCUCGGAGGGUCUGCUUCCCAACGAGUCUCCCACGAUGCUGGCCCCCACCAGGAGCGCGAAGGCUUCCAAGUGGACCCCGCGAUGGGGUUACCUUCACAGAGAUGGCUCCGGGCGGGCUUCAAGAGAGGAUGACGACUUGGUCUUCCUCAACAUCUACAACUUGGGCAAGAGUAAUGCAGUGCAAAGCCUGAACGGUAUCUUUAAGACUGUGGGUCUCGGUGCGUUCCACUGCGCUGUACAGGUUUUCGGCACGGAGUGGAGCUACGGCGGCUGGCCCGAGGGCAGCCCGUGUGACCGACAUGACACCGGAGUUUGGAGCUGUUUGCCCCGAAUGUCCCUGUCGCACACCUUUCACGAGGCCGUGGUCAUGGGAAGCGUGACCAUUUCAGAGGAAGAGCUUGUGGAGUUGAUCUGCAGCUUGAUGCAGGAGUGGCCCAUGUCUGAGUACGACCUUCUCAACAGGAACUGCUGCCAUUUUUGCGAGGAACUCUGCGAGCUGCUCGGGGUCGGACCUCUGCCGAGCAGAGUGAAGAAGCUGGCUGGGCUCGGGUCCACGCUGAACGAGAGUGCUGCCAUGAUGGCCGAGGCUGCUUCCAAAGUUAGAGCCGACAUCGCAGGUGUCGGCGUCGUAGCAUCAAGCCUUCUUGUACAGGCCGCCGUUGGCACGGUUUCAGCGCUGGGCACCGCCGAUGUCGCUGCAAGCGGUGACAGCCAUCGCCCGUCUGCAGAGCAGAAAAACUGCAUUUGCCGGUGGGUGCGGGUGGAUGACGACUACCUCCACCGCGCUGGCCGUACGGCCCGAUUCGGCGAGCCGGGCAAGGUGACCUCCUUGGUGAAGAAGGGUGACAAGUACCUUGCCAAGGCCAUCGAGCGGUGUGUCCAGCUCGGCAAGCCCAUCAACGAGUU